AACUGCCGGUCGCAGCCUCCGCGGGGACCGACACGACGACGCUGGACUGAACCGGGAGCCGAAUGUUUUAACAGGAUCGCCGGUAGAGGAUGGCUUCCAAAGACCGGCUUUACGAACUGUGGAUGUUGUAUUACACCAAGAAGGAUGUGCGCUACCUGCAGCAGUGGCUGGAAGCCUUCGUGGCUUCCUUCGAGAAGCUCAUUGACAUCCACACGCUGGAGCCUCGACGGCCUGAAGACUCCUGCACGGAUGUGCCCCUCCUGCCCCCGGAUGUGCUAAUCCUGCUCAGCACCCAGCUAUGGCACAGUGCCCUCCACCUGUCGGGGCAGGAACAAAAUAGCAGUGCCCCACACCCACUGCUGCUCAUCAAGUUUUUCAUCAUCAUCUGCAGGAACCUGGAAAAUAUCGACACUAAAAAGACUCCCGGCUUCAUCUUUGAGACCAUAAAGCUUUUAUCAUUUUGUGUGGCCCAGCUGAAGAAGCAGCCCCCGGGGCAGGACUCCCUGCAGACAGUGGCCCAGUAUGGCCUCCUGCUGUGUGAGAGCCUCUUUGAUCCCUAUCAGACCUGGAGACGGCGACUGACGGGAGAGGAGGUGUCGACGCUGGAGAGGAGCAAGUACAAGUUCUCCCCUCUGCCGCUGCCUGAGGAGCUCCCCGCCCUUUUCCAUGAAUGUUUUCAGGACAGCGAGCAGCUCACGGAGACACUGAUGACGAGACUGAUUCACCUCCAGGGUGCCGUCAUCAGCGGCUGCAAGGAGAACGGCCUGGCCACCACCACUCCCCAGGCCGUGGCGGACCUCCUGGCGGUGCUGCGGGCUUGGUGCUGCCGGGCCUCUCCCCAGUCCAGGGACCCACGGCUGGUCCGGCUCACCCUGCGGAGCCUCACCGCCAUGGUGCACCUGCUGCACUCCAGCAGCCCAGCCGAGCGCCAGGUGGAGAUCCGCUCCGUGCUGGACGGCUUCUUCCAGCUCCUCAACUGGAACCGGCUCCCGGGGGCGGAGGAAGUGGAUGGCCGGGGCCUGGAGGACAGUCUGCUAAUUCUGCAGGCCCACAUGCUAAAUACCGUGCCCGAGAUCCUGCAGUGCUCCGAUCGGCCUGCACUACAGGCCAUCUUCCUCAACAACAACUGCUUCGAGCACAUCCUGCGGCUCAUCCAGAACAGCAAGCUCUAUCAGAGCGGCAGGCCCCGGCCGGAGCUGGGGGGUGUGCGUGACCUCGCCACGCUCUUACUCACUGAGACCCAGUUGGACCAGGUCUGGGAGAAAGGCUCUGAUACCAUCACAGUCCACGCCCUGCGAGUCCUGACCGCCAUCAUGAGCAGCUCCACCUCUGCCAAGGAGGUCUUUAAGGAGAGGAUUGGAUACUCACAGCUGUUCGACGUGCUGAAGAGCCAGGGCCAGCCGACCCGGCACCUUCUGGAGGAGCUCAUGAACAUGGCAGUAGAGGGCGACCACGCGCAGGCGGCCUGGCUGGGCAUCGCCAAUGAGCAGCCCCUCCUCCUGCUCCUGCAGUGGCUCCCCGACCUGGAGUCGCGGGACCUGCAGCUGCUGGUGUCUCAGUGGCUGGCGGGAGCCUGCGGCGGAUCGCUGGCGUGCCGCACUGUGGCAGUGGAGGCGGGGCUCUCCGGCACCUUGCUGGAGGUGCUGGCCCAACCAGAGCGGCUGGACCGGCGCUGUGCCGACGCCCUACUGGGGCUGCUGCAGGACCUGGGCUCCCUGUCGCUGCGGCCGCAGGAGCUCAAAGGGCUGCUGAGGCUGCUGCGAUGCGGGCAGGGGCCCCACCCUUACUGCGGCCGUGUCGUGCGCGCCCUGUCCGCCAUGGCGGCACGCGAGGGUGUGGGGGCGCUGCAGUACUUCGACCUCACACCACCCAUGGCGGGCAUCAUGGUGCCCGUCAUCCAGCGCUGGCCGGGCAGCGGCUUUGCCUUCCACGCCUGGCUCUUCCUCAGCUCGGACGGCCCCCUCCCUCAGGGGGCGUUCACGGCCUCGUCGCCGCCUGGCACCCCCACCUCGCCGAGCAGCCCCAUGUAUCCCAGGCUGGGGAAGGGCCUGCGCAGGAAGCAACUGUACAGCUUCUUCACUGCAAGUGGUACUGGGUUCGAGGCUUUCUUCACCACCGAGGGGGAGCUGGUGGUGGCUGUGUGCACCAAGAAGGAGUACAUGGCUGUCAGGAUGAAGGAGCUGCGUCUGAGGGACAGCAGCUGGCACUCUGUGGGUGUGGUUCACAUCCCGGGCCGCCGACCCUUCAGCCAGAACCAAGUCAUGAUCUACGUGGACGGGGUGCAGCAGAAGGCCGUCCAGCUGCGGUUCCCUUCGCUGGGGGAGCCCUUCACCUCCUGCUGCAUUGGCUCGGCGGGCCACCGGACUCCUACGACAGUCACGUCCCCCACGCUGUCCCCCCAGCCACUCACCCCGACGGAGCUGGCCUUCCCCUCGUACCCGACGCCCGGUCUCGUGCGCUCUUUUUCCAUCCCUGCGACCAGCAGCCGCCGAAGUGCUCCCACGUCCCCCAUCACCCCUGAGCCCUCGGACCCCCCUGUGCAGACAUUCCCCGCCGGCCUGCAGGACACCCAGUGGGGCACCCCCACGUCGCUGGACGGCUUCCUGGGGACAGCCUUUGUUUGCCACGAGGCCCUGCAGCCCCCCCAGCUGCUUGUACUGCACAAUGCAGGGCCCAACAGCGUCCCCCUCUUCCGGCCUGAGGGGGAGCUCUCAGACAUUAACGGCAAACUGCUGUUGUACUACACUCCACAAGCCUUUAAGAACCAGAUCUGCUUGGACCUGUCGCCGAACCACCAAUAUGACGGCAGACUGACUGGGCAUAGGGUGGUGAACUGGGACAUCAAGGAUGCGGUGAACUCUGUGGGCGGGAUGGGGACCCUGCUGCCGCUCCUGGAGCAGCUGAGCAUGCCAGAACAGAUGAGGGACGCCGACGCCGAACAGACGUCCGACCUGGUGGGGCCUGAGCUGACGUCAUCGCGGGGUCCCGCCGGCAUACAGCUGCCCCUGACCAAAGCCUCAGAGGGGCGUCUAGAGAAGAACGGCGUGGCUGCCUUCCUGCUGAUGGUGAAGAAGAUGCUGAAGAAGCACGCAGCAAACCAGGAGAGCCUGCUGCAGUGCCAGGGGCCGGCCAUCAUGGGGGCCAUGCUGCAGAAGGUGCCUGGCUCCAUGAUGGACAUGAGCGUACUGCUAGCCUGCCAGGCCCUGCUGCAGCAGGUUUCCGAAGAGGGCAACGUCUCGCUGCUGUCUCAGCUCCACAAGCACCUACUCUUCGACUUCCGCAUUUGGAGUAACGGCCAUUUUGCCGUUCGCCUGGGUCACUUGCAGAACCUGUCGCCUGUGUUAUCUGAGAGCAAGCAGCGCACCCGGCGGAAGUAUGGAGUGCAGUACCUCCUGGACUCCAUCAGAACUCACUACAGCCUGGAGAGAGACAGCAGUCCCCUUUCGGACCAGAUGCAGAUGGUGCAGGCUACCGUCUUCCAGGUGGUGCAGGACCUGCUGAAGUCCCCGCUCCUAGAGGAGAUGUACAGCCUUCUAGCGUUCUCCAUCACCACAGGGGAGGAGUUCCAGGUUGUCCGGGCUCUGAACAUCCUGCUGCACCUCCUGCAGAACAGCCCGUCCCGGGACUCGGUUCUGGCCCUGCUGCUAGACUGGGGCGUGGAGCAGCUCUAUUGCCUGCUCUUCAAGCCCGGCUUCAAGGACGAGGCCCGGGAGACGGUGUUCCAGGUGCUGAGUAGAGUCCUGAAGAGCGAACGCGCCUCCGACCGCAGCAAGCAGCGCGUCAGGCUCAAGGAGUCCGGUUACCUCGGCCUGGUCUGCCUUCUGGAGGAUGUCCCCGUUUCCACAGCAACCAUCCGCUUCCUGUCCGAACAGGUGUUUUCUACAGACUCCCCGAACUUCCGGGACGUGCUUGCUGUUGUCUACCUGUCCCAACGUGCUGAACUCACGGUGCGGCUGGAGGUCUGCCGUAAGCUCUUCCACCUGAUCUACUGCAGCGAGGACCACGUGCGUCAGCUGGCCCGGCAGCCGGGCUGGCAGGACGUGCUCACCAAGCUCUACGUCAUGGAGUCCUACAAACUCCAGCCCCCUGGCCAUUCCGCUUCUGGUGCCGGCUGCCCACUGGACCCCUCACAGGGACUGCUGAAGAGGGAUGACAGCUUGCCGGAAGAGGCACGGCCCGAGGUUUUAUUCUCCUACGGCUCCCGCGAUGAUGACGAUGAGCUGUCCCCCUCAUCACCCAGCGGCCGACACCUCAAGGGCUUCAGCUUCAAGUCGUUUGACUCUGUAGAGCAGAGCAGCCGAUCGUCCUCCCUGUCCAACGUGAUUGACGUCCCCGUGGGCCGGCGUUUUGAGGAGGAGGGGUCCUACCACCCGCUGUCUCCCUUUGGCUCAUCGUCGCUGGACCUGGAGCUGAACGGGACGGCCGGAGGUGCCGGCGGCCAGCGGGCUUGCGGGGGCACACCCGAGACCCCGUCACCUCUGGAGCAGGGCCGCCCCUUCCCAAGCUUCACGGCCCGGAAGAGCUCCAGCAUGUCCAACGUGCUGGACGACACGAGCUACAGCACUGAACCUGCGCAUGGCGACGACAUUUCCAACACGUCCAACCCGCAGCAGGCCCCGGAGGAGGAGCUAUGCAACGUCCUUACCAACAUCGUGUUCUCCGUCAUGUGGAGUGGUGCCGAGGGUGGCGAGGAUGCCGUGUGGCGUGAGCGAGGCCAGGUCUUCUCCGUGCUGACCAAGCUGGGCUCUGCCUGCCAGCUGGUGCGGUCCCCUGAUGAUAUCAAGCACAGCCUGCUGGAGAUGAUGCUGGAUUCCUCCCUGUCAGACCUGAGAGAAUCCCAGGGCGCCCCCCAGCAGCACUGUCCCAGUCUGGUGCGCCUGUUGCGGUUGCUGCAGGACUUCCUGUUUGCUGAGGGCACCAACAACCAGGCCCUGUGGAGCGAGAAGAUUUUCGAGGGCGUGGUGAACCUGCUGGACAGACUGCAGGCGUGGCACAGCACCAGCAGCGCCCCCUACGGGCCAGAGCUGCGGGAGAUGGCCCAGGUUGGCCUCCGCAUCAUCGCGGGCUACAUACAGCAGGACCACGGCCAGGUGUGCGUCAUGGCCUGUGUGAAGCUGCACAGCCUCCUGCAGACGGUGCUGGUCCUGAGCUGGGAUGAGGUGUGCUUCCUGCUCGGACGGCUGGGCCCCCGCCUCUGGCAGGGCCCCCCCCCCCCGAAGGCCUUCCAGCAGCUGGUGCCCAUUGUGCGAACGCUGCUGGACCAGCACGCAGACCCCAGGGUUCUCCACGGCCUUCUGCCCCACCUGCCCCCCACUAACGGCAGCCCCACUGUCGCCCCGGACCUGCAGGCCUACUGCAUGACCCAGGAGUGGGAGGACUUCUACAGGCAGCAUAUUGAGCCCACCAUGAUACAGUAUGAGCUGGAUACUUUUGGCAAGAGCCACGACCUCAUGUCCAACUUCUGGAACUCAUGUUUCGAUGCCCUGAUGAGCACGGCCCAGAAGCCGGAUAAGGAUCGAACCGACUGCAGGACCAAGUUCCAGGAGGUGGUGGUGAAUCCCUACCUGAAGCGUGUGCGGAGCGAGAACAGCCGCUACCACGGGGCAAUGAAGCAGGUCGCCAGCCACCAGGGGCUGGUGUGGCGCCACUGGGUGGUACUUCGGAGGCUGCUGACUAGCGAGAGGGGUGCCUGGGCGCUCAGGGACCCAGCCGAGGUGAAGUGGAAGCUGUCCAGCGCAGAGACGUACUCCAAGAUGCGGCUGAAGCUCGUCCCCAAUUACAAUUUCGAUCCUCACACUGAGGCCAGUGCCCAGCGGGACAACAUGGGUACCGAAAGCCCCCGCAGCCUCACAGAGUCCCUCCCCCUGGCCGUCGCUAAGGAGGCUAAGGUCAGCGAUAUGGAAGAUGACCAGCUCGGUGACGAGGACCUCAACUACCUGGACAACCAUGUGGAGGCUGAGGACGAGAGCCAGAAGGAAAAGCUGAUCCUGUCGGAGGAGUGUGAGCUGAUCACUAUCAUCGCGGUGGUCCCCGGGCGCCUGGAGGUCACCACGCACCACCUCUACUUCUACGACGGCAGCUGCGAGAAGGAGGAGACUGAGGAGGGCAUUGGUUUCGAGUUCAAGCGGCCGCUGACUCACCUGCGGGAGGUUCACCUGCGCCGCUACAACCUGCGGCGCUCCGCCCUGGAGCUGUUCUUCAUCGACCAAGCCCAUUACUUCAUCAACUUCAGGAAGAAGGUCCGUAACAAAGUCUACUCCCGCAUCCUCGGCCUGCGGCCCCCAAACCUCUUCUAUUUUGGCUCACGCUCCCCCCAGGAGCUGCUGAAGGCCUCCGGACUCACACAGAAAUGGGUCUGCAGGGAGAUCUCCAACUUUGAGUACCUCAUGCAGCUGAACACCAUCUCUGGGCGCACCUACAACGACCUCUCGCAGUACCCCGUGUUCCCCUGGGUGCUGUGCGAUUACACCUCUCCCACCCUGGACCUGGAGGAUCCAUCCGUGUUCAGGGACUUGUCCAAACCCAUCGGCGUGGUAAACCUGCGGCACGCCCAGGCCGUCCGGGAGAAGUAUGAGAGCUUCGAAGACCCAUCCGGCACCAUUGAGAAGUUUCACUAUGGCACUCACUACUCCAACGCAGCGGGAGUCAUGCACUACAUGAUUCGCAUGGAGCCCUUCACCAUGCUGCACAUCCAGCUGCAGAGCGGCAGGUUUGACUGUGCUGACAGGCAGUUCCAUUCGGUGGCUGCAACCUGGCAGGCUCGCAUGGAAAGCCCUGCUGAUGUUAAGGAACUCAUCCCGGAGUUCUUCUACUUCCCGGAAUUCCUUCAAAACAUUAAUGGAUUUGACCUGGGAACGCUUCAGAUAUCCCAAGAUUCAGUGUCCAACGUCGUCUUACCCCGGUGGGCGGAAUCUCGGGACGACUUUAUCCGGAAGCACCGGAAAGCCCUGGAAAGUGAGCACGUCUCUGCACAUCUGCACCAGUGGAUCGACCUGAUAUUCGGUUACAAGCAGCGGGGGCCGGACGCUGUGGAAGCCCUCAACGUCUUUUACUACUGCACCUACGAAGGUGCUGUGGACCUGGACGCCAUUCCUAAUGAGACUGAUCGCAAGGCUCACGAGGGCAUCAUCAGCAACUUCGGGCAGACGCCCUGCCAGCUGCUCAAGGAGCCGCACCCCCCCCGCAUGUCCGCAGAAAGCGCCUCCCGACGUCAGUCCCGCAUCGACACCUUGCCUCCCAACCUCUUCGAUCACCUCAGCAAGCUGAAGGCCUUUGUGGAGGUGGUGAGCGACGGCGUGCCACUGGUGCAGGCUGUGGUGCCCCGGAAUCAAACCCGCUACAUCACGCAGGGUACUGAUGUGCUGGUUACAGUCAGUGCCAGUGGACUUCUGGGAACUCACAGCUGGCUGCCGUAUGACAAGACCAUCGCCAACUAUUUCACGUUCACGAAAGACCCCACCAUGUCCAACCCAAAGACACAGCGCAUCCUGGGCGGGCCCUUCUCCCCCGGGGUGGACCUGGGUGCACGGGUUCUGGUGGUGUCCAACGACGGACGGCUGCUCUUCAGUGGGGGACACUGGGACUGCAGCCUGCGGGUGACGGCACUGGCCAAGGGCAAGCUGGUGGGCAGGAUCUGCCGGCACAUUGACGUGGUCACAUGCCUGGCUCUGGACCUCUGUGGCAUCUACCUCAUCUCCGGCUCACGGGACACCACCUGCAUGGUGUGGGAGGUCCAGCAGCAGGGGGGCUUCUCCAGUGGACUUUCCCCACGGCCGGUGCAGGUCCUCUGUGGGCAUGACGAGGAGGUGACCUGCGUGGCCAUCAGCACUGAGCUGGACAUGGCCGUGUCGGGGUCCAAGGACGGCACUUUAAUCAUACACAGCAUUCGCCGGGGCCAGUUCCUGCGCACGCUACGCCCCCCCUGCGAGGGCUGCUUGCCAUCCCGGGUGACGGAGGUGCAGGUGGGCAUGGAGGGUCACAUCGUGGCCCAGACGCUUGUGGCAGGUCGCUCCCCUGGCCAGGAGAAGCACUUCCUGCACGUGUACUCGGUGAACGGGCGGCAACUGGCGUCUGUGCCGCUGGAAGAGCAGGUUACGGCCCUCUGCUUGGUGCCUGACUUCGCCGUCCUGGGCAGUGCCCAGGGGAACCUCUGCAUCAGGGACCUGUACAGCCUGAAGCCGGCAGCCCCCCCACUGGUCCUCAAGCUGCCCAUCCUCAGCGUGUCUGUCACCAAGGAAUCCAGUCACAUCCUUGUGGGCCUGGAAGACGGCAAGCUCAUCGUGGUCGGAGCCGGGCAACCGGGAGAGGUGCGGUCCGGACAGUUCUCCCGCCGGCUCUGGGGCUCCACUCGCAGGAUAUCGCAGGUGUCUUCCGGCGAGACAGAGUACAACCCCAGCGACAACCCCGGCAAGUGAAGCAUGGAGACCCAGUCCUUGGGAGGAGGGGGGCAGGAUUGUCGGAGGAAGGGGGCCAGGCCUGCAGUGGGACUACAGCCAAUCGGACCCAGAAUUCCCCCAGCCGGACUCGGCCUGGAUGUAGUCAUACAUUUGUGGACUCAGUCACCCAGUGCCUUGUGGAGUUAAGCAGCGAGGGCCCUUCUGCACCUCCUGUCCACAGAGACAGCCGGAGAGGCAGGACAGAUGCAAUGGGAGCCUGUUUCAAUGCUGCAGUCAUUCGUUGUUUCUUUUUUAAACAGACUAUUUUACAUGUUGGGUUUUAUAUUGUUUUUAAAACAUUCCAAAGACCGUUUCUGUGAUUUAACACCAAGAACAAUUGAUUAUUAUUAUGACGAUUAUAAUAUAAGUAGGUGGGGGUGUUAGACGGGGGUCUCUUAGAGUUGGGUGGUGUUAGGUUUUGGUUUUGCACACUGUGAGGGAUUGUUAGUGUUUAUGAAGACUCAAGCUCGGUCGAGAAGGGUUUGGGUUCCCACCUCCCCCCGCCUGCCUCAACUCUCAAAGAGACCUGACAGCUUUCAGAGGCUGCCUCCCAGUGGUGGCUUCCUGUACAUGCGGGUGGGACUGACUUCUCCUGGAUGUGGCAUGACGGCAGCAAGAAGCUCGGUGCUGGAUGUGGAGAGUAAACAGCUUUUCAGGGUUGAUGGUCACCAAACCCAGCAAGUCUGCUGUCAAGGUCCUUAGCGGAUACAACACACACACACACACACACACACUCCUUGUUCUGUAUGUUCAACUUUAAUAAGGCUUCUUCCUGUUCCUCACUGGUCACGAACGCUUGCCCACAGCACCUUGCACUAAUUCGCGCAUGUGGCAUAAAUGCACAUUUCCUUUAAAGUGCCUUUUGACGGGAUCUCGGAGGAUGUCACCGGGACGACCGGUUUUACGCUGCCACACACGCAUCCUAAAGGAAAAUAAAAGGUUUUGAAUAAUGGUUUAGGUGGUGAGCUCAGUUUUGGCAAUGUUUUAAUUUGUGUUUCACUGUAGCUGUGAUUUUUGACUUGGCUUUGUGUGUGUGUGUGUGGUUGUGUGUGUGUCUGUGUGUGUGUGUGCAGAAACUAUUAAGGACGUUGAAGCAUAAUUGGGUGUUUUGUCUGGAAAGGGGGUGUGAGAGUUGCCCCCCACUCCAGGCGUCGCUGUGCACAGGCCUCCCCAGGGAUUGAAGACUACAGGGUCCCUGUGAAAGCAACCUGAAACCCCCCCCCCCAUUUCAAGCCAAAACAGUUUUGUCUGAGAUUUGUGUUUGUGCUUUUCUGUUGGGUGUGUCUAUUACAUUUUCCCCAUUAAAGAAAUGCCCUUUUA